UCAUUUCCAUCUACCGUCGAAGUUACAGCGUUUUGAGAAACAUACACAAAUUGUUUGUGCAGGAAGUUCCUUCAAGUCAAGAGAACGCGCUGCCGCCGUAUCAAAUCAACCAGCUGACCCGGUCUGCUACCGCUUCUGAGUAUUUUAACAGUGUGAAGAGUUUUUCUGCAAUCAAUUUCGUUCAGACGCUCGGAGUGUUAAGAAGUCAAAUCGGAACUUUGUUUUCAUUUUGGGGACGCGCGGCCCCCUCUUUCAACCCAACCAAUAUCUUAAAUAACUGAAUGAAACACAAAUAAAGUUUUAAGUGAAUAAGAUAAACGGCAUACAAAAUAUCAAAAAAAUUCACAACGAAAGUUCUUUCACUUUUUGUCACAAACGCAAAAAUUUGAUUUUUGUGAAUCCCAUCAGCCACAGAGGAAAACGGUCGUUUCUACCUCCGAGUGAUAGUGAAACAAAAAUAAUACACUGAAAGAAAACACAAAAGAACAGAAACCAAAAAAGUCAUUUUAGUCCAUAGAUAUCUUAAGAUUAACAACCACAAAAUCAAUAAAAAAAAGUUCAAGUUCAAUUAAAUAGUUAUUAGGUCUUAAACAAGUAGAAAAGUAAUUAACCAUAAAGUUAAGUUUGAAAUAAAGUCACCUUAGACACGCCACGCCAAAACACAACACAAAACAAAUAUGAUCAACAUGGACAUCAGUGUCACACCCAACUAUUCGUAUAUUUUCGAUUUUGAAAAUGAUUUCAUACACCAGCGCACACGUAAAUGGAUGGUGGAAAACUGGACAUGGGUCUUCUACUAUUGUGGCAUCUAUAUGCUGGUCAUAUUUGGCGGUCAACACUUUAUGCAGAAUCGUCCCAGAUUUCAGUUACGUGGGCCAUUAAUUAUAUGGAAUACCAUGCUGGCCAUGUUUAGCAUUAUGGGAGCCUUCCGUACUGCUCCAGAACUUUUGCAUGUCUUACGCCAUUAUGGAUUAUUCCAUUCCGUUUGUGUUCCUAGCUACAUUGAACAAGAUCGUGUCUGCGGCUUCUGGACAUGGUUAUUUGUACUCUCCAAAUUGCCCGAAUUGGGCGACACCAUCUUCAUUGUGUUGCGCAAACAGCCCCUGAUCUUCCUGCAUUGGUAUCAUCACAUCACCGUGCUCAUCUAUUCCUGGUUCUCAUACACCGAAUAUACCUCAUCGGCACGUUGGUUCAUUGUCAUGAAUUACUGUGUGCACUCGGUGAUGUACACAUACUAUGCCCUGAAGGCGGCCCGCUUCAAUCCACCACGCUUCAUUGCCAUGAUCAUUACCUCACUGCAAUUGACCCAAAUGAUAAUUGGCUGUGCCAUCAACAUCUGGGCCAAUGGCUUCCUGAAAACGCACGGACCCCAGUCGUGUAAUAUCUCGCAAACGAACAUUAACCUGUCCAUUGCCAUGUACUUCAGUUACUUUGUUUUGUUUGCCCGGUUCUUCUACAAGGCCUACAUAUCGCCAUCGGGCAAGAGCCGACGCAUGGCUGCCUCAUUGGUGGCACAGAACUCGGCUAAAUUACAGCCCACAACAACAUCCUCCACCACAUCCAUGGGCAGCAGCAGCAGCAGCAGCAAAUCCUCCGCCACAACGAAUGAAAAUGAUGUUCAUUUGCGUAAAGCCAAAACGCAAUAAAUCUUUAAAAAUGCACCUACAAAUCAGGGGAUAUUUAAUUGUUUCUUUUUUUAAUGAAUAAUUAACUGAUUAAUUAUUAUUAUUAUAUUAUAAUUUAGAAGUCUUAAAUUAAAGAACAACAACAACAACAACAGCAACCAAAACAACACAGUCGAUUUCUGCUCUAGAAACAUACAAACAAACAAACGAACACAAAAAAUGAAAUGUAAAACUAGAAACCAUCUAAAAAUCUAUGUUUAAAUCUACAAAAACAACAAACACAGAACACCAGAAAACCUAUAACACUAUAUAUACCUAUACAGCUAUAUAGUAAAUAUAUAUAUAUAUAUAUUUUACUAUAGAAUAUAUAUAUACGGAAAAUUAAAAAAAAAAAAAGAAAAAAAAAACAAACAUUUUGUAUAAAACAAAUUCUGGAUAUUGGCUUUGUUGGAGGGAAUAUAGUAUGGAAUAUUAAGUUUAGAACAAAACUUGGCACCAUUCUCUAUAUAUAGUACUUGGUAGCAUUUCUUUUUUUUUUUUGUAUUUCAAAUGGCUGUCAUACAUUUUUUUUAUAUAAAUAUAUAUUGUUAAUAUUAAUUUAUAUUGCAAACUAAUUUAAAUUUUUAUUUAAACUGAAUUUAAGCAGGCAAUGAAGGAAUGCUUUAUUGUCUCCCGAUAUAAUACAACCCAAAAAGGAUCUAAAAGUGAAUUACAACAACAAAUUUUAAUAAAUUAUAUGUCUUUGGAUUUUGGAACUUUCACAAA